CCGCGGGAGAAGAUAUCCUGUUCCACCACAAUUUUAUGAAUACGAUGAUGACGACAAUGAAGAGUUCAAAAUUAGGGAUAUAAAGCCACGGAAUUUAUUACCUCUUUUGUUAGCUGAAGCUACAAAUUCGGCACAAUCAGCGAGAUCCGUCGAAUCUAAUAUAACAAAAACACUCAAUGACAA